CCCGACCACCAAAUUUCCUCAUUCUCUUUAUAAUCAUCAGAUCUUUCCUUGCUAGUUUUCCAGGGCUCGAAAAAGAAACUCUCAAACCCUCUAAAAAAAAUAAACAUCAUUUUGCGAAUUAAGAUUGUUUCGAGCCCCUUUGAUACCAAGGAUAAGAAUCCACAUACAAAGCUAAAACCAGUUAGAGUUUUUCUUAUCAAAAAGACGAAAUGCCACUGUCGGCGUCGUCGGCGGACACAAGCAAGACGGUGAAGCUGGAGAGGUACAACAGCUACCUCCGCAAGAUCCACAGUACCAAAGUUCUCAAAGCGUCUUCUAAAGUUCUUUUCCGAGCAACACUCCUCGUCGCUCUUGUCCUAGUCCUUGUCUUCGCUAUCAACUACCAUCCACUCUCCGACAGCCACUCCGCCGCAUCACACCAUCUCCACCGUCGCAGCUUCUUAUCAACAGGCAUCUUCUCUUCCUCCUCCUCCUCCCUAGGCGAAGGAGCCGCGUGGGAGAAGCGCGUGAGACAAUCCUCAACACCAAAACGACCACACGGUCUCUCCGUCCUCGUGACCGGAGCAGCCGGGUUCGUCGGAUCCCACUGCUCCAUCGCGCUUCGAAAACGCGGGGAUGGAGUUUUAGGAUUCGACAACUUCAACGACUACUACGACCCAUCGCUCAAAAGAGCAAGACAAGAGCUUCUAGAGAAGAACCAGGUGUUCAUCGUGGAAGGAGAUCUCAACGACGGUCCUCUCUUGCGUAAGCUCUUCGACGUCGUCCCUUUCACUCACGUCCUUCACUUAGCAGCUCAAGCCGGAGUUCGUUACGCCAUGAAGAACCCUCAGUCUUACAUCAGCUCAAACAUCGCUGGUCUCGUUAACCUCCUCGAGGUAGCUAAAGCAGCUAAUCCUCAGCCCGCGAUCGUCUGGGCUUCGUCCAGCUCCGUUUACGGACUCAACACCGAGAACCCGUUCUCCGAAGAGCACAGAACUGAUCAGCCGGCGAGUCUUUACGCCGCGACGAAGAAAGCAGGAGAGGAGAUAGCCCACACUUACAAUCACAUCUACGGUCUUUCCUUAACCGGACUCCGGUUCUUUACGGUUUACGGUCCUUGGGGAAGACCCGACAUGGCUUACUUCUUCUUCACCAAAGCCAUACUCCAUGGCAAAUCAAUCGACAUUUACCGAACGCAAGACAAUCAAGAAGUGGCGCGUGACUUCACCUACAUAGACGAUAUAGUUAAAGGAUGUGUCGGUGCGUUGGACACGGCGGAGAAAAGCACGGGAAGCGGCGGGAAGAAGCGAGGACCGGCUCAGUUACGCGUUUACAAUCUCGGGAACACUUCUCCGGUUCCUGUCGGGAGACUGGUUUCGAUCUUGGAAGGAUUGCUGGGGAGUAAAGCGAAGAAGCAUCUGAUCAAAAUGCCUAGGAACGGUGACGUGCCUUACACGCAUGCUAACGUGAGCUUGGCGUAUAAAGACUUUGGGUAUAAACCAACGACGGAUCUCGCGGCGGGGUUGAGGAAGUUCGUCAAGUGGUACGUUGGUUAUUACGGGAUACAGCCGAGGGUAAAAAGGGAAAACUCUCACGCCGAUGAUUCCGCUUAAAUAAUGGCACCCUUCUUCAUCAACAUCACAUGCUUGUUUUUAUUUCUUUACAACCCGAAAAGAAAAUUAUUUACAGGGACAGAUUUCUGUAUUUUUCCGUUUUUAAUUUUAAAAAUGCCAAAAAAAAUCAUUAAUGUUUUUUAUGGUGGUCCUUUUUUAAGGGGGAUCGAAGUGGGAAUUAAAUUCUUACAGCUGUAUGUUAUUAUAGAAAGAUAUUUGUGGGUAUAAUUCGAAAUAUAUGUGGGUUUGUUAUGUAAUAAAUGAUGGGAUAAUGAUCUUGCUGGAAAGUGUUUAGAGA